GAACGUCAGUUUCAUUAUCAUAAAUUUCAACAAGUACUUUAGUUGUCAUGUGACGGGAUGUUGGCCGUUCACGCAACAGAUGACAACGACCACAUCCUUACAGGAACUUGCCAACUUCUGCAGCAUAUUACCGAAUGAAUGCAGAUCAUUGCCAUUUAAAGUAACCUCAGCUGCUAGUCCAUUGAAAGGCACUUGUUGCGGCGGAUGGGCAUGCAGUUGUUUGUUCUAAAAAAAUUUGCUCCAUAUCUGCCAUUAAGAGAUUAUUUUGGGGAGUCGGCCGCACCUUUUAUCGGUUUAUCUGUGAAAUCACUCACCCUAGACACCGGGAGGACACGAAAUACUCGGCAGGCAGGCAGGCAGGCAGGCGAUUCAACACUUUUUCCGUCAUGCCAAAUAAUUGCCAGACUCUAAGAUCUUUCCCUUUUCUGUACAUUUACCGGUUUAAUAAAAGAUCGUUUUUAGAGUACAGAAAUACUAGGGUUCAUACACGUAGAGUCGUAGUUUAUUCACUAAAAGUGUUUAAUGUUGCCUUGUGUUUUAGAAGGUAAGCAGGAUGUAUUUUCAUUUCAACAAAUUAGGAUACUUAUCGUGAUUAUAAAGCGUAGCCCACUUACUCAAUGAAUCAAAUGCAUUAAAACUUUCCUUUUUCUGAAGAAACCUUUUUGGUAGGUAAUCUUAUUUUAGUCAGAUAGUAUUUACCCUUGGUCCGCAUUACUUUUAGGUACCCAAUCUUAUUUAAAAGCUGUGUUUCCCUAUUGAUGCACUUUAUGAAAGGACUGUCUUACAUCUUGUUAACCAAUGUGUACUCUUUGAGUGGUCUCAGAGACCUCAGUGCCAACUUGUAAGCAUAAUGAAACUCAGCACUAUUUUUAGCGAAAGCCAAGUUAUGUUUUUUAAGAGGAUUUCAUUGCUUGCCUCGUUGCCAAUGAAUGUCUGUUACGGGUUUGGGUGUUUAGUCUGUUUUGUGCUUGUGUAGCUAACUAGAGAACCCCCCUCUGGGAUCCGAGAAAAUUCCAAAUUGCCACACACCUACGCAAUAUUUCAUUUGAUGAAGAUCGAAUCACGGUUCGAAUUUUGUUGACACCUUGUUAGCAAAAAUGGAAAAAGUUAUUUUCACGAAUUUGAGCCCAUCGUAAAGAUUCAUAAGCCCUUGUAAUUGUAAGUAUUGCUUGCAAAUUCCAAUUCCAGCCAUAUGUUAUGCGUUUACUUGGAACGGUAUUGUCAAAGUUAGAAUCAUUUCCAAAACAACUUAUUCCUGAUCGAAUUAAAUGGCGAUACUAUAUCGGGGAAUAUUUGUUUAUGAAAACGAAGAAAUAAUUUCUUUAAAAAAAAACUUGUUAGUUUGCAAGACCCUAAUCGCACAAAAUUCUGUCUAAUUUCUGAUUCUGUAAGCUGAUUGACCCACUACGUACAUGGACUAUACGGCUAACCUCAACUGAAUCAAAUUUCUGAUCUCAAAUAGGAAAAACCAAAUAAACCUGGCGCUCAAAAACCGAAACAUUUGGUAGAGAUAAUCUUAAAAUUAAAAACUUGGCACAAAAAUCACUCUACGGGAGAACUUUUUUAAUACUCUUUUAGGUCCUGGCAUGUGUUCACAUCGUUUAUCUUUUCAGCUUCCUGUUAAUUCAGCGAUCUCGGACGUUUUAAAACGCUUAUGUAUACAAGUUCUGCUGGAAAUUUCGCUUGAAGCCUGGAUUUAAACGUUGUGUGUUAUCAAAAAUGCUCAGUUUUAACAAAACAGUCUAUACCGGUAUUAAAAAUAGCUCACACGUGAAACAUGAUCGAUGAAAAAAUGUCCGCAUUCAUUUGCCUCCACGGCAUAUUUUGUUAAGAUUUCAGUCUAAGAUUUUUCCACUUCCGAGAGGCAUAUUUUCUAUUAUUUCGUUAAUGAUCAUAUCACGGCAUAAAAGCGGAUCUUGAGUGAGAUUUGCUUGUCUAAGAGAUAACAUCUUAGCUAAAAUGAAUGCUCUGCCGUAAUUAUACGGAUGGAAAUUUCGCCUUUCAGCUCAAGGUGGAAGAGUGAAUAUAAACAGUUGGGAUCUCUCUAGUCUUCAGCGAGUACCUAGCAAAUGAGCUGGCGAGAGAUAGAAUAGAAAUUUCCAACCUAAUCUAUUUGAUGAACAAAUCACAUUUGAGAAAUAUUGCGGGUCGCUUGCCUUGUUGAGUCGAGCUCGAGGUCUGUCGAGUGGUUCGUACAAGGAGGUCCGACAGCACUUCUAACAUUUGCUUUAUCUUGCCGCCUUACUCAAAUGAAAAGAAUGUAAAUAAACAGCAUCAGCGGUGUCAUCAAGGAGAGAACACGAAAAUAUAGUAUAUUUGGCCAGUUGAAUAAUAACGGUUUGCUUUCUUAGUGGAUUUAGAUUGGUAUCGACUUAAGUAAUGUGAGAUGUUGAUUAACCAGCUAAGGAUUCGAGGAAGACUGGAACUAGACGACUAAAGCAAAAUGGCGGUGGUGGUCGAGGCAGUAUAUGUUUAUUGGGGAAACAUGUGUAACUUUUGAUAAACAAGAUUUCGAGUGUAAUUAAUGCGAGAAAAGGGGAGAUCUUCCGAUGAAGAUUUUUGAUGAUGCGUUUAGGACCAUUCUGUGUGCACAAGCUUUCGUUAAAGCUGUUUUUGGCGUGCAGUUUCACAUCCGUCGCAACUUUGUACUUUUUUUGGAAUGGAUGUGAAGUUCAUUCAACUCUUCCCACAAAUAAAUACGAAGAGAUAAGAAGUGUGCCACUAACUGCUGCAGAUUGUUCUAAAGCAAUUGCUGAAACAAGCAAGGACGAAGACGUUUCCAUAGUAAGGACAGAACUAAGCUCACAGAAACCUGCAGAAUCAGCCGCGGUCGAUUGUCCCAACGACCAGCGAAUCGACGUAAUAGUCAACGGAGAAAAGAAAUUGGAAGGACGAUUAAUAGGAAACGAAGCCUAUGUGCCUUUUUCUUUUGUCAGAGGCUAUUUUGAUAUUUAUGGCGACCUUCAGGAGUUAGAUGGAAAGACUGUUUUGGAUUGGCGGCAUUCUUACUCUGAUGUACACCAUGCGAAAACUGGAGCUGUCUACGAAACGAAAGCGCCGUUUCUCUGGUUUGAAUCUUAUCAUGUUGAAGGUCGCGCAAGAGUAAAAUGCAUUAGUGGAGUUGAAGAUGUUCCAGUUUCGUUACAGUGGAGUCCAGAAGGACAUUUUUAUCCUAUUCAGAUUGCGCAGUAUGGCCUCUCUCACUACAACUUGCUGCAAAUUGAAGGCGAUUCAGAAGGGAGAGAAAAAGUUUUCGAAGAUGCUGAAACUGUAUCAGAAGUGAAUUGGAACUGGGCCUUCCCUAAAAGUGCGCAGAUGGCCAACGUGUUCGACAAGGAACGUAAUUCUCGAGUUUUCCAGUUUUCCACCACAGGUUUGACGGGAGAAGGUAUUUCCCUUAGUGUGGACAGUGCAACAAAGGAUUUUAUUCUAACGUUCGACCUCUUCCUCCGAGGCGAAGUUCGUGUUUCUAUUGUGUUAGAACUAGACAACACUGAUUCAUACACAGUGCAUUACACAUCCAACAACGCUCUUCUUUCGUCCAACGACAAGGAAGUGUUUUAUGGUGUUGGACACUGGAAAGGCUGGAGAAGAAUUGUGCGGAAUUUGGACACGGAUUUAAGAAAAGGAAUGAAGUUUCCUGAUAAAAAGAAUUCUAGAAAGGGUAAAAUAGCGUUGACAGAAGUCCAGAGCAUUCUACUUCACGGGAAGGGUUCAAUUGAUAAUAUCACAUUAAUGCACUCAGCUCAUAAGCACUCAUUCAUGGCCGCGGCAAACUGGUUCCUGCGUUAUCAAAAUAACCUUGGCAGCUGGCCAAUCACAGUAAAGCGUAAAGUAAUCGAAGGCGUCACACUGUUCCCUGACUGGUAUUCAGCCAUGGGUCAGGGGCAAGGCAUGUCUCUGCUGACCAGAGCGUAUCUCUACACUAAAGACUUGGCCUACUUAAGGGCUGCUCUCCGAGCUACUAAACCGUUCAAAGUCAAGGCGGUAGACAAAGGAGUUUUAACCACGUUUAUGAACCAGUACCGGUGGUACGAGGAAUACCCCACGUCGCCUUCAAUGCUUGUUUUAAAUGGUUUUAUAUACUCUUUGCUUGGGCUUUACGACUUGAAGCUUACCGCUGGCCCUCAACAAGGUGCAGAAGCAGCAGAUUUGUUCGAUCAAGGCAUGCGCUCUUUAAAAGCAAUGCUACCUCUGUAUGACAGUGGAUCCGGGAGCUUUUAUGACCUUCGUCACGUGACCAUGCGCAUCGCACCAAAUUUGGCGCGUUGGGAUUAUCAUACGCUUCAUGUUAGUCUGUUGUAUGUUUUGGCAAAUAUCGACCCAGAUCCCAUUCUCAGGACAACAGCAGCGCGUUGGGAAGGAUACACCAAAGGAAAAAGAGCCAAACACAAUUGAUUUCUUACAUGGUAGAGCAGUUUUCAAUUGACUGUCGAAAUUAAGCCGGGAUUGCUUUGGUUUUACUAAACUUUUCUCUGUGAUUGGUCCAGAAAACUUACGUCAUCCUCGCAACCAAUCAGAUGCAAAACUAGUAAAACAAUCGCGUAAUGGUCAUUCGCGUUUUCCCGCGCUUCAAGCCGUUUACUUGUUUUCACUGGUAAACCUUUGUUCGGAUUGGUCGCUGGGUUUCCUUUGGUUUUGGUUCUUCAACACUCAAUGGAAUACUGCUCUAUUCCCUGUUUUUAAUCAUUUAUUUCUCUUUUUUGAUAGACGAAUUAAAACAAAAUGAUGUUAGCGUUUAUUUAAGAUCAUUCAGUGCAAGGUUCCUUACGGCCGAUGUUACUAAAAAUAUUUAUUGCAUACACUGUCAUGUUAGCAUUUGUGUUUAUUUUGUGUGUGUGUGCGGUGGGGGAGGGGGGGAAACUUACGUUUUCUCUCAAGUUUGGGGUUGCAUACCACGCCUUUUGCUUUGACUUACUCCAAUUGGCCUCAGUGGGGCGUUCUUACAAUUAUAUAAACCUUAACUCAUUGCAACGGGUCAGGGAUAGUGUAGAAGGCGACCAGAGUUUUUUUUUUUACAAGACACUAACAUCUUAGUAAAAGGAUUUUUUUUAUUAAAAAUAGUCUUGUAAAAU